GCAUGCGCGUUUUUACAAUCGCUUGUUCAGUAAGCGACGUCGGAGCAGGAACGCGGCAGUUACUUUUUCAGUGUUGGCCAUGAGGCAUUCACAGAGCUGUUCACAUGCUGCUUCUCUGGCCACAGUUAGAGUGAAGAGGAGAAUAUGCCACUUGCAGCAUCAAGAAAAAAAGCAGGGGAGUUUUUGCAUAGCAAAUAACCGCAUUCUUGUGUCAUCUGAAAGGAUGCUGGAAAUCCGGGCCUUUUACAGGCUGCUAGACUGGAAGAUAAUCCAAGAUUUUUUGCGAUCAGAUGUAUGCUGCAGAAUAUCGGACAAGUAUUUACUAGCCAUGGUCCUGGUUUAUUUCAAGCGUGCAUGUCUACCUGUUAAUCAGUACACACCUCUGAACUUUUUUCUUGCGCUGUACUUGGCUAAUGACAUGGAGGAAGAGGAGGAGGAACUAAAAUAUGAGAUAUUCCCUUGGGCACUUGGUGCCAAAUGGCGAGAGUUAUUUCCUAGUUUCCUGCGACUUCGUGCUUUGCUGUGGUGUAGGAUGGAAUUCCGAGCAUUUGUUAGUCGCCACUGUUGUGAAGAGAUUAUUUCUGCCCAGUCUCAUUGGGUCUGGCAGCGAGAAAGACCACAGCAUCAUGGUGGUGCCCAACGUAACUAUCUGCGAGAUGGAUUAGCAGAAUUACUCCCUCGGGGGCCAGGACAGUCUCCCCGAAGAUGUAGCCUCUGUAGUUUGGAUUCAAGUCCUGUGACACUGUCCUGUUCAUCCCGUCACUCUUCACCUGGCAAAAGCAGUGAUGUGGAGGAUGCAUUCUCAAUGAACCAUAUAACUGGAUACAGUUGUUUCACUUCUCAAAGACUUCUAGUGGUUGAAUCAGACUUUCAUGGUUGUGAGCAAACUGGAAAUCAAUAACCGCAUCAAUAUGAACAGCUGCCUGGUUUUGAGUUUUUGUUGUUGAACUUGGUCCUGAAAACGGAGUUCAUAUGAAUAGGCUGUGGAGUCCUUUUUUGCUAAGGAGCCUAAUACAUUCAGCUUGUGCUUGAGCAGUGUGUGAUUGUCUAAGAACUUUUCCUAAAUUUCAAUAAGAAUUUCCGAGGUCAUCCAUUCUACAUUUGCUGGUGCAGUAAAGCUAUUGUUGCUUCACUGCUGUUACACUUUCUGUUAAAGUUACUAUGAAUUGGCUGCACUUUAGC